AUGGAGGAGACUCGAAAAAGGAAGGCCCUGAGGAAGUAUCUUGCUUCCUUCAGGAUGACGAAGAAGAGGAGCAGGGCCUCCUCAGGCUCUACAAGCCGCCCCCUUAAGAGGCCAAGACAUGACGACCCAGACCAAGAUGAUCAUGGUCUUGGUCCUUAUGAGAGGGAGAACCCGGCUCAAGUACCAAUGGAAACUGCUGCACCACCACCUCCACCACCACAAAAGUACUCCAAGGCAGCGGUUCAUUCUCCCAGACAGCAUGCGGUUCCUUCUCCCAGACAGCAUGCGGUUCCUUCUCCAAGGCAGCAUGCUAUUCCUUCUAGGUCUUUAGGUGGGUUUUACAAAUCCUUCAUGACGAAGAAGCUAUGCGAAGGAGAAGUUGUUCAUCAUGGAAGAAGAAGAAGAAGAUCCGAUCUGUUUGAAUCGUCACCUGAUGAAAUUGUUAUCUCCAUCCUAUGCAACCUCAGUUCUACCUUUUCUUCUUCGUCUGAUUUCGUCACUGUUCUUCUUACAUGUAAGAGGUUGAAUAAAUUAGGUGUUCAUCCUUUGGUUUUGUCGAACGCUUGUUCGGAAACGCUUGCCGUCGGAGCUAAAAACUGGUCGGAUGAGGCUCACCGGUUUCUGAAAUUGUGCGUCAACGCCGGCAACAAAGAGGCGUAUUAUACUCUCGGAAUGAUCCGAUUUUGUUGUUUACAAAAUCGAGGAAGUGGAGCGUCGUUAAUGGUGAAGGCAGCGAUUAAGUCUCACGUGCCGGCACUGUACUCCUUGGCUCUUAUUCAGUUCAACGGCAGCGGUGGUCUGAAGAAUGACAAAGACCUUCGUGCCGAAGUUGCUCUCUGUGCCAGAGCGGCUUUUCUCGGCCAUGCUGACGCUAUCCGGGAGCUAUGGCACUGCCUUCAAGAUGGUUAUGGUGUACGGAAAAAUGUUGAGGAAGGACGCCGUCUACUCGUGCAAGCCAACGCGCAUGAGCUUUCGUGUAUCUUCCACCCCUUUCAACUCAACCGUCGGCGACACCACAACUGA